ACUGAACCGACCAGACACAGUGUGUGCAGCACAGAGGGAGAGCGAUCAAGAGACAUAAACACUGACUGACACUAACCUGGAUCAGACUCGUUUCUUGUUCUUGUUUAAAUCUGAAGGUGCAGAGGCACAGACAGAGAACACUCAGACAAGUAAACCAGGUGAACCUGAUGAUGGACGACUACACCCUCCCCUUCUGGAUCUACCUGUGUGUUCUUACUGUGUUUGUUGGUGGUGCUAUGAAGAUGAUUUUGGCGUCCCACCUGAGCACCGCCUCUACCCUGGUGGCCUGGCUGGGAGCCACUGUGCUGGUGGAGCGUCUGUGGGCGUUCUGUCUGCCGGCCAUGCUGCUGCUGGUGCUGCUUGGCCUCACCUGUUGCUUCUACAAUGCCACCAGGAGUGCCCCCCUGCCCACCACCCUUCCUGCCCAUGGCAAGGCUGUCUUCAUCACAGGCUGUGACUCUGGUUUUGGAAAUGCCACAGCAAAGCGUCUGGACGCCAUGGGCUUUGAGGUGUUUGCCACGGUGUUGGACCUGUCCGGAGAUGGAGCCAGGGAGCUGCAGAGGACCUGCUCCCCCCGCCUCACCCUCCUCCAGGUGGACAUCACUCAGCCGCAGCAGAUCCAGCAGGCGCUGCUGGACACCAGGACCAAACUGGGCCUCAAAGGUUUGUGGGGUUUGGUAAACAAUGCUGGACGAUGUGUGAACAUCGGAGAUGCCGAGCUGUCGCUGAUGUCCAACUUCCGCGGCUGCAUGGAGGUCAACUUCUUUGGCACACUGAGCGUCACCAAGUGCUUCCUGCCACUGCUGCGUCAGGCCAAAGGACGGAUCGUCACCAUCUCCAGCCCUGCUGGUGACCACCCGUUUCCCUGUCUGGCAGCGUACGGCGCAUCUAAAGCAGCUCUCAACCUCUUCAUCAACACUCUGCGGCACGAGCUCGAGCCCUGGGGUGUGCAAGUUUCAAUCAUCCUGCCAUCUGCGUUCAAGACAGGUCAUCCCAGUAACUAUGCGUACUGGGAGCAGCAGCACAAACAGCUGCUGCAGAAUCUGUCUCCGGCGCUGCUCGAAGACUACGGUGAGGACUAUGUGACCGAGACCAAGGACCUCUUCCAUAGCCAUGCCAGCCAGGCCAACCCUGACCUCAGCCCUGUUGUGGACGCCAUCAUCCAUGCGCUGCUGGCGCCACAGCCGCAGGCACGUUACUUUGCGGGGCCUGGUGUCGGCCUCAUGUACUUCAUCCAGACCUACUGCCCCUUCAGUGUCAGCAACCGCUUCCUCCAGAAAAUGUUUAUGAAGAAGAAGCUGACACCUUACGCCCUGAGGAAGCAAUCGGGCUUCAACCUGAACCUCAGCCUCCACAACAACAAUAACAACAACAACGGGGAAAAACUCAUGUAGCUAUGACACAGUAGACACAUCCUGAUGGUAUCAAAAGCAGCGAUAGAGGACCACUUCUGUAACACACUCAUAGAGCUGUAACUUGUCCUUUUCUAUGUGCAGCCAUGGGUCAAUCAGUGAAAUCGUCACAGUCAGAGAGAUCAGCUACACUGUACUGAGCCACACUCACUGCACGUGCCUUCAUCUCACAAAAGGUCACAGAGAGAAUCCAGCACUACAGCAGCUUGUUUAAAUACUGACUCCAAGAUUACUUAAAAACAGAUACAAACAUCCGUGCACUUGUUUGCCAGGGUGGACGCACUCAGCCUCGCUGUGGGCCUGUUACAGCUGUCAUCUUCAGUGUUGUCAGGAGACAGCCAUGUCAUCAGCCUGCCAACAUCACACCCCAGCUAGCCAGUAGAGCCCGGCUCCGUCUCAGGCCCGACCCAGCUGCUGCUGCUUGGAACUUACUUUCAGCCACGUUUCACAUGCACACAGUGAACCAAAUCUGGUGGGAAUGUCUGGGCCGGAGACAGCUCACAGCCAACUGUGUGCAUACAAUUGGCCUGACUCCGCUGGAUCCCUGAGAUGGUGUGAAGCCAACCAUGAAUGUUAAACUGUGAGACGUUCACCCAGUUACCAAUGCCAGUGCUUCUAUCAAACAGUCAGACUUCCAUCCCAAGGUUUAUUGUACGACGGCGGACGUCGAUGCAGUGUCGGGGAAGCUACUCUGAUAGUGUAGCUUUACAAGCUACCAAUUGAGCUGCAGCAAAUCUACUGUAAGGAGAGAUUGAGUCUGGUUAAGUAAAGCUACUUAGAAAAGGCAGUUUAAUCUACUUUGUAUAAAAAUUAUGAAAUUGACAAUGUACAAGUAAUACAAAAUUAUAAUAUAAAAAAGUCACAUAGCGGCAGGGAAGUUAAUUUCUUGAGAUCUAAAGGAAACAAUCCCUUCUGAGUUUUUCACCAGUAUAUUGUAGUUGUAAACAAAUGUGGAGUUUGUAUUAUCUGACUACACGUAGAAGAGUAAAGAAAAAUAUUCAACGUACACCUUCUCAGGCCGUUUGACCGACCUAAGCACUGGUCUAUAAAAUGUUGUCUCACUGGUCAGUUUUGUACCGUCCGACUCUGUUAACAUCUACAGCAGUCUGCAGCUUGCUUCUGUUUAGACAGCUUGAACACUGGUCUAAAUAACAGGCCUACCUUUGUACUGGUCAGAGCAGAACCUCUAGUUUAUGCGACACAUACUGUAGCUGUCUCCCAAAGUUCUGCUCCAACAGGCAUCUCCGUUUGGCUCUGAGAAUAUGAAGCCGCUCACACACGGCAUAGUGAAAUAAAAGUAAAACAUCAGUCCUUUCCUUUUAUGACCCUAAACUGUUUGUAGUUUCAGGUGAACUGCCAGCAAGCUACUGACAAAUGUAGUCAAACUACUACAUGUAGUUCCCAGCACUGCACCGAUGUGAGCGGCUGCUUCACGGAUGUAAUGUUUUCCCGUGAAUCCAGCUGGGAUCAGUGAGGACAAGCGUGGCAGCGUUUCUGACGGGUGCUGUCCGAGGAUGUCUCUGCAUCAGGACCAGCCCUGGUUUCAAACCAAGCAAAACAUGAAGUUCAGUCACCGAUCGGGAAUACUGGUGACUGGUGACUGGUGACUUUCUGCCUAAUUAGAUGGUUGAAGACAUCCUCCUAAACUAAAGACAGGUUCAUUGUCUGGUCCAUGUCAAAUGGGCCCUGAUUCUUUGUCGAGAACUACACCCGUUUGGUCUGUCGGGAGUCGGAAAAUGAGCACGCUCAGUGAAAUAAGCUGCUGUAGUGACGCCUCUGUUCAUCAGCCCAUAUACUGUACAUGUAUUUUUACACCACAAGUAUAUUUCUCAUUUAGACAACAACAGCUUCUUCUGAGAAUAUUUAAAGAAUAUAUUUACACUUUCGGAACCUAUGUGUUUGUUUUCUGCGUCACAGCGAUGGCAGGAAGCAGAAUGAGAUGGGAUCAUUUCAGAACAAAAACGCACACUCAGUUUGACGUGUUCUUCUGUGUUUUAUACUCACAAAACCAAAAUAUAUUCUUAUAUUUUUCUGCUCAAACACAAAUAUAUGUACUCCCUGUUUGGGCAUCUAACCGUCACAAUAAAAGCACAAGUGUAGAAUGGUUCCAAACUUGUGACCCUGUUGAUGCAUGUAGAUAGUUUCAGUGUGUCACUCCCACAGUAUGCAUCACUUACAUUUAAUAAGUAAUGGUUGACUAGCGGUGAAAAAUACCACAUAUGUGUGUUUUGCUCUUAUUAUUUAAUCUAGUCUGAACUCUCACUUCUCAGGUGUCAAAACCAAAUAAAAGCACAGUGUGUUUUAAAGUUGCUUUUUGCUUUGAAGGCCUGUGCUUUUAUUUUGAACACACCGUUGUGUGUCCCUGAUUAUACGGAUGCCUCCGGUCAUCAAAAACGCUGCCUUCACAUAAUAAACAGAUGUUUUGGUCUUUUAAAGCAAAACAUUUAUAAAAUGAAACCUAGUUUUUUUGUUUCUAUCAAAAAACAACCACAGUGACCAGUGGGAUGUUUUUCCUUAGAAACACUGAGUUUAUUUUCAGUCAGGAUAUUUUAGUGUCUCCUCGUCCUGUGUUGUGUUUGUAGGAUUAGCUGUGCAGUGACCCUAACUCUGAUGAAUCCAGUGAAAUUCCAACCUCAACUUUGAUACAAAUGCACACACUGCACAGAUCUGUUUACUGUGGCAACACAUCGCAGCACAUUUUCAAGUGUCUCUCCACAGACGUUUUUCAGCCCACUUUGUGUUUUCAUUUUGAAUGGUGGUAUUUAUCGUCCCUCUUCUUGUAUCAUCACUCAGUCUGUGAACUUUGUAUAAAAAAGUCAAAGAACAAAAACAUGAUGUAAAUAUUCACUUAGUUCAUUCUUUCAUAGAAAUAAAGUUGACUUUUUCAGACUUGGCACCUCUGUUGUUCAUGCUGCUG